CUUGUCAUCCUAAGUUGUUUUUCUUUGCCCCUCUCCAGCUUUGUCACAAACAAGAGGAAGCCAUGGUGUGCAUUCCCUGUAUUGUCAUUCCUGUUCUCCUCUGGGUCUACAAGAAAUUCCUUGAGCCCUAUAUCUAUCCCGUUAUUGCACCUUUCGUGAAGCGCGUAUGGCCCAAGAAAGCUGUGCAAGAAACAACAGCCACAAAAGAAGGUCAAGGAGGCAGCACUGGAAACCCAAGGGCACCUUCAGCCAUGAGAGGAGAUCAGGAGGAUGACUCUGGAAUUUAUAAAUUUGAAAGCAAUGGCGUUGCAAAUGGAAUUGCUGCAAAAAGAUCCACCGAAGUUUCUGACAAGAAAGCGGAUUAGGGGAAUUAAUAAUUUAUUCGCUUGUGUCCAGUAUGAACUGAUAAUAUUGCUCCCACUUUGAGACAUUUUUCUUUGCACGUUUUAGCUGAAUAAACUCCCCUUAUCACUCACAGGAGAAGGUCUCUUUCGCCACUCAAAUUCAAAUGGCAGCUAGCACAUUUCUUGAUUUAAAAUGUUUAAAAACUGAAGUUCUUUGUUUUCCUCACUGGAACUACUUUUCAUCUAUAAUUGAUUUGUUGUCAUUAGAGUUUAGGUUCAGUAACUUAUGACGAAGUCAAGCUUUGGAAGAUAAAUUUAUCUUAACAUCUUAGGUUCUUUAACUGCUAGUGGAGUCCUUAAGGCUUUCACCUUGAAAACUAAAGCUGCUCUUGCUUGCUAAAGAGCCAUGAAUUGUAUUGCGGCAGAAGCAUCAUCAUUAAGAAGAGUUUAGAUUUUUCAUGUUAAAUCUGUAGAUGAGCUAAAGGAAUUAUGCUACAUGCAGAAUUUGCUUAGCUUGCUAAAAGCAGAAAGUCUCGAUUUUGUACUUCCAUUAAUUGUUUUCCUUGAAACAUUGUGCCUUUCCUGAAGGGGAGCAGCCAGGGGCACGAUGCAAGGAAGUUGUUGCAUUGUAUUCUGUUGCAGUGGUUUAAAAUGGUGCAGUUCUGUCUAAAAAAUAAACUAAAAAAGCAAACAUCCAACUAAAAUCUCUUCAACGUGCUUGUGGAAGUUGAAUGAUAAUAAACCAGGAUUUUAUUUGAAAGUAAGAUACUUCAUACAGUUGUUCUUAGGCUUCUGAGCUACAAGUAUCUAAAGUAGUAGCAAAAUCUUUGAAAAACUGGAGACAGGCUGAAGGAGAGGAUAAAACUACUGGCUUCGGGAUAGAGAAAGUGAACUAGUGAGGUCCAGCUUCGCCUCCUCCUUGGGAAGAUGUGUUUUGGAACAGACCUGCCUUCCAACAUGGUACUGUAGUUGUGAAGUGGUUUAGAUGCCCCUGUGCUCAGUAAGGAAAUGAUAGUUCGUGCUUUGUCCUCUCUGCCAAACCAGAGCAUUCAUUAAAAGAUUCGAGAUUAAACCAUUUCAGCCAUUCUGGAUUUACCAUUUUCCCAAAAGUAUGCUUAAAAAGGCAUAUAUGUAAUCUUUGAACUGUUCCUGAGGUCAGGUCUUGUUCCUGUGGCCCCAUUUCUUCCUAGAAGAUAAUUAUUCUGAAGACUCGCUUGAUGCCAGCCAAAUGCCUGUAUUGUGUCCUGUUGGUACCUGGUUUUGUCAGGUCUCGUGUGAACCGAUAUGCAUUGUUUGCAGCUGGGUAUCAGGCCCCUCUUGUUACACCGUUAAUCCUGUAAUGAGAUGAAUCACAGAAAACUAGUGAGAUGUUGCCUAAUAACUGUUUGCUCUCCCUUAAUGAGCUAGUCUUAGGAAGUGAAUUUGGUACUGCUGUUUAAAGAGCUUUUGCAUCAUCCUUGGAACGUUACCCCCAUGUGAUCAGCGUAUCACAGCUACAGCUUUCUCCUAGACUGGUGAAGUUCCUGCUCUUUGUGAUAUGGAAACCUGGUUUUAUUAUUGUCAGUAUGCACAGAUGGUGUAAUUCAUAUAAUAAAAGAUAAUACUAAA